AUGUCUGGUAAAAAUUCUAGCACUUCAAAUAACCAUAUCAAAAUAAAUUCCACUCAACAAUAUUUAGAAAAAUUAAAUAUGGAUUUAAAACAAAAGAAACAACGCCUCGAAAAGGGUACGAUAGUUACUCGUGCUACUUCUGUUGUUUCAAUUUCCGGCAAGUCUAAUCAAAAAUAUUUUUGGCAAAGAAUAGAUGAUGAACUUCAAAAAGAUAUUAUUAUUCUGCAAAUGAAAAUUACUCAAUUGGAAAAUUAUUUAAGAGAGGAAGAACGUUCAUCAAUCCAACAAGUUAAAACAGCAGGUAAAGAAUUUAAUGGAGAUUCUAAAAUCGCAGCUGCUAUUGGAAUUAAUGAAAAAUCAAAAAUAACAGUGGCUAGAAGAAAAAAAGAAAAUUCUAAAAAAACUGUAGCAAAGGAAAUUAAUGAAAAUUCUAAAACAACUGUAGCAACAGAACUAAGUGAGAAAUCAAAUGCCAGAUUUUCGAAAUCUUCCAGAAUAAAGUCUCGUUCUAGUAGACAAAAAAAAACAGUAUCUGAAGAAAUUAGUAGUGUAUCCAACGUAAACAUGACGAAAGUCAAAUCUCAAAGUACAACAGUAGCUCCCGUUAUUACAUCCGGAAGUACCAAUGAAAAAAAUGACAGUUGUAUUAGAUUGCAUUCGAAAAGAUUCCUUUUCAGUAUCGGAAGCUUAGCAUAA